CAUAACGACACGCUCAAACACACACACACACGAACACGCUCGUUCACUCACUCCCAAACACUCACACACACUCUCACACACACACCUACUGGUGGAUGCCUACUGACAACCUUGCUGUAAAGGAUUACCCUCAGUGUGGAGACGCACGAUCCAGAGCGCUGGCCUCUGACCUCUCAACGGUGGGCAGUAGCCGGGAAGGAGCGACGGGGUGGUAUGGGUCGAGCCAGGAGGAGUUGCGACAGAUGGAACGGAGUGUGAGGGGACUUCGGAAUAACUUUGGAAUAGCUGGGAGUAUUUCCUGAGCCAGUUGACAGGAAAGGUCAUGACCUCGUACCUUAGUUUUUCGGGAAAGACUAUGUAGUCUUACGUAAAUUUAACAGAAUAACAUACAAUUGAAGAAUAUUCAAAUAUCCCAAUGAGACAACUGUUGUAUAACUGUGAUGAUUUUUGUUUGAUUUUAGGCCUACAGCAUAUAAAACAUUAUGAUUUAAUUCAUAGAAUGAGUUGCCCAAUUUAAACUUUUUUAAACAAUUUUCAAAGUUCUCUAAGGCCUACUUCAGUUUCUACCUCUGUUCAUAACAGUUUACACAAUUCAUUAUGCUGUAAUAUAUCAAAUUAAUCAUACAGACAAAGAUGAACUCAGAUAUCCAUACUGUCCAAUAAACAAGGCCAUCCCUGAGCCGAGCAGGACGUCACAUAAGCAGAAGAAGAUGCUACCAUCAGUCAGUUAGCUUCUUAAUCCCUCAAAGCACUCAGAGGGUCUUUAAACCCACCAUAAAUCCACCCCGGCGAGUGGGAUGGCUGCUGUGGACCCAACAAGCAAGAGUCCUAGCCCCCCUCCCCUCCCUCCACCCGUCCCACACCCUCCUAGAGACUCUUACCAAGAUUCGGACCGCAUCUUUACCCACAGUUCUAAUCCAACCCCAUCCCUCGGACCUCCACCUGCCCCUCCACCUCCGCCACCACCUCCUCCACCUCCACCCCAGGCAGCAAACCAGCCAGGACAGCCACACGCUUCACGCAAGAAGCGGAGGGUUCGCAGCUUCUUCUGGAAACCCAUUCCAGAGGAGAAGGUCCGGGGCAAGCCCAACAUAUGGACUCUAGCGGUCAGGCAGCAGCAGUACCAGAUCGAUGUGAGGACCGUGGAGGAGCUGUUCGGCCAGCAGGAGGAAGUGAGGGCCCCGGUGCCCAGUGGGCAUCCCAGGUCUGGGAGACGUAGGAGCACCUUCAAGGAGAGCAAAGAUGAGAUCAGCAUCUUGGAUUCUAAGAGAGGGAUGAAUGUGGGGAUUUUCCUGAAACAGUUCAAGAGGUCUAACGACACCAUCGUGGAGGAUAUACGGCUGGGUAACAGUAAGCAGUACGGAGCCGAGCCUCUGAAAGAGCUGCUCAAACUCCUCCCAGAAGCAGAGGAGAUAAAGAAGCUGAGAGACUUUAAAGGAGAUCCUGCGAAGCUGACCCUGGUAGAUUCAUUCAUGUACCUGCUGAUCCAGGUUCCACGCUUUGAUGUUCGGAUUGAGGCCAUGGUUCUGCAGGAGGAGUUCGCUCCGUCGUGUGCGGUCAUGAGUCGGGAGAUAAACAUCGUACGCGAGGCCACUGACGAGCUAAUGACUUGUGAGGAGCUCCACGCCAUCCUUCACCUGGUUCUCCAGGCUGGAAACAUCAUGAACGCUGGCGGGUACGCGGGCAACGCUGUGGGCUUCAAACUCUCCUCUCUGCUCUCGCUGGCGGACACCAAGGCCAACAAGCCCGGCAUGAACCUGCUCCAUUUCGUGGCGCUGGAAGCCCAGAAGAAGGAUGAGAAUCUUCUGAAGUUCCCAGAGAAGCUCAUUCAUGUGCAGAGUGCAGCCAGGAUCUCAGUGGAGAACAUUGAGGCUGAGUUCUCCUCUCUUUACGUGAGAACCAGGUCUCUGGAGGAGAAGAUUCAGAGUGAUGCUGGUCUACUCUUGCAGCUGGACCCAUUUCUGCAGAGUUCGACGCAGACUCUGCAGGACCUGAAACGUCGCAGGCUGGACCUGCGCAAAGAGGGCAAUGCCCUUAUUGAUUUCUUCUGUGAAGACAAAGACACUUUCAAACUCGACGAGUGCUUCAGGAUCUUCCAAGACUUCUGUCUCAAGUUCAAUAAAGCUGUGAAGGAUAAUCUGGAGAGGGAUCUGAAGGAGGCUGCCAGGCAGCGGCGCCUACGUGAGCUGGAGGAAAGACGCUAUGCCUGGGCUGCUGCCGGUGGGGGACAAGGAAACAAUGGAGGCUUUGGUCGGAGCAGCAGCGAGAAUGACGUGGACACCCUCACCAAGGAGGGUCUUCUGGACUUCUUGCUGCAGCCAAGACCUCAAAGCCCCCACAGCCCACUGGGGCGGUCCGCAAGUGCUCGUCGCUACCGCCAUGCAACCGCAGAUCGCAACCUCCGCAGCUACCUGGAGCUGUUUUCUGGCUCUCCCACGGCCGACAGCGCCAAAUUCAGCAGCCUACCGCGCUCAGGUCGCCCUCACCAGAGAAGGACUAUGCCCUGGUUGGCCUCACAGGAUGACAACAGAGAGUUGGGAGGUCAGAACCAGCUCUAUCAUGAAAAGCUGGCAACUUCUCCAAAGGCUGAGACUGAGCCCAUAAGCCCCCUGGCUAGAUACUCCAUGUCUGGGUAUGUUAUGGACAAUGAUGCCUACAACAAUAAUACCUAUAUGUCUAUUUCUGAAGGCAUAAUUCCUCCUCGACUGAGCCACACCAGGAACAUCUUUCAGAAAUCACAACAGGGUCAAGCUGUUGGACAAAUGACCGUUAACGUGGAAAGACACACACUGGUGCCUGGGCUUCAGCCCUUUGAGUUAACAAAUCCCAACAACAAUAGCAGUUAUUUGCCUCUGGAUAAUCAGGGAGACAUUUUUGUGACAGAUCUGGACAGAGAACUUCCUAAAUCCCUGGUUCUGGAUACGCCUCCAUCCAGUAAGAGCUCUGAGGAGGCACCAAGACUGGGUGUAGUAGUAUAUGAUAGCAAAAUUACGUCUCCUCAAAGAGAGGAAGAAGAAGACGCUAGCACUGUCUCAUCAACGACAUGCGACACACCUUUGCCGCUUGACCCCUCGUUGCCCAACAAGAAAUGCAUCCCUUACAUUCUUGACUGCACUGAAACAGACUGCUCAGUCAUGUUGGACUGCUCAGAACUUGAGAGUUCGUCCAUCUUUAAAGAAGGAUCUCGUCUCGACGUAAAACAACAGGACAACAUGCGAAGUCUCCUUCGAGAUCCCAGUUCUCUUUCCUCAAAUUUUGAGUCCUUGUCCACGAAUGAUCCGUCAUUAUCCACGUCAGCUGAUGAGCCAGUUGCUGGGAAGGCACUCGAAGAGCGCCCAGAUUCGGUGACGCCAUCCGUCACCACUGACGACGCAGAUACCGACAGCUGUGAUACUGCAGAAGGAAGGAAAGUAGGCGAAAAGGCAGUGCAGACAUGCAGCUCCAAACUGUCUCACUUGAAAGCAAAGACUCAGAACAAAUCUGCAGCCAUUCGAAUCGGCCGUCCUGCAAGGACACUGACAUCAACCGAGACCCAGAACAUGCGCAAGGUGGUGCCCAUCACCAAGCUGAGUCGGUCCAUCAGCAAUGCUAAGAGACUCGAAAAGUCUUUAGAGCACGAGACCCCAGAAGCCAGACGUCCUUUGCGUGACCAGAGCACGCCUGCGAGAAGGGUCGAACGACAAGGUAGACCUGCUCGCCAUUCAAGCCUUCCUCCAGAGCAGGCCAAGGCACAACGAGGAAUGACCCCAGUCACUGUUGCCUCUCGCUGGGCAAGAGAUCCCACUCCACACAAGCCUUCCUUUAAGAAGCCGAAUGCCAAACCAAUCCGCAACAUCCCCAAACCUCCACCGGAGGAGAAGAUGUGCCGCUCUACGAUGAGAGCGCUGGCGCAAGCUCAGGCUCAAACCCAGGCAUUAUCUGAGGGUAGCAUUCCUCAAACGCCAACUCAUGCCUCGAAAGUCCAGUCAGCCCUGCCAAGCUUUGCUCGCAACACUGUGGCUUCCACCUCAAGGACCAAAAAAGACUUGCCCAUACAGCCUGCCCCAGGAACCCCAUCAAAAAGCUCCAGUUUAACAAGAAACAGUUCCCAGAAAGCCCCCUCUGGUGGCAAAGCAGAGUCUGUAUGUAGCAGUCACUCAACCCGAGGCGAGGAGAAACCAUCCGGGUCUUUGAGGAGGGUCCAGAGCGUCCGAACACCCAGUCGGAACACACAACGCAGCGACACGCCCCCUCCACAGACUGGGCGGGACCGGUCCCGCAAGGGUAGCAGCUUCUCUGAGAAAUCCUUUUCAAUUUCUGGUAGAACCCUUAAGCCCAUGUGGAAGUAGAACCCAUAAAAGAGGUCAAAGAGAAAAGAGAGUGCAAUCUGCCCACACCUUAAACGUUCAGUUUACUCCAUGUAAGCCUCUUGUAUUGUUUGAAUGUAUAUGAAGCCUUUUACAUGUAGCUGAAAUUCUACGUACUCAGCUAAGCUGGUGUUCCCACAAAGACACUAGCUGCUGUCAACAUUUGACAACACUUUUAACAUUUUAUUAGUAGCACUUCAUCCAUAUGAGGAUGUUUUUGAUGGCCUUUUCUGAUACUCCACACCAUUUGUCGUCCACUCCCUUUAUCUUCACCCACGCCGAUUUAGCAUUACAUGUUUUUUAAACAUGGAUCCCCGAUGGACACUUCCACCAAAUUUGGUAGAGUUACUACUGUCUUUCCUUGUGAGAUGCCUAGAUGAACUAAUCAAGAUGCCUAGUUUUUUAGACCUCGCAUCCCCUAACAACGUGUACAUGAUGAACACUGUAUAGCAUUCCACAGAUUCACCAAAAUGUCAAGAUAUUUACAGUGCAUGAUGAUGAAAAAAAGUUUUUUAUCAGUAGAUUUACUGUAUGACAAUGCCUAUGAAUGUUGUCCAUGUACACUCUAGUGUUGCUGAUGCAAUCAAAAUGAAGGAGUUUAAUGUUAUCGUUAUUUCAGUUGUGUCUUUAGACAUUUUUGGACAUGUCCAAUAGCUGCUGAGUUGCUUUGAGAAUAUGGUUCAAACUUGCCUUUUAAUUCAGGGUCUGAGCUGCUGUACAAGGCUGUUUUGCUGCUGUAUUUGUUGUGUUUGUGUGUCUCUGUGAAUAUGUUGCUGAAUUCUUCUUUGCAAAGCCAUAAUUUUAAUCGGGAGUGGCAGAACCUGGUGCUGGAGGGCUGGCUGUGAAGUUGAGAAACUUAUUUCUGAUUACAUAAAGUAAUGAAUGCAUAUACAUUUCACGAUAAAUAUAUAUUUUUAAAUAUAUGUUUUUAAAAAAUAAUAUUUUCCAUUUUUAAGAGUUAUCGUACAAUACAAUUUACCCAAACAACAUGGUUUGUUUGGUAUAUUUAUCCCACUGGGGUUGAUGAACUGACUGAAGACAGUUUGAUGUUUCUUAACGUUUAUAUUAAUAUUUUUGUGAUAAUGCAUUGCAGCAAUGCGUUACAGUUCUACCAGAAGUCUCCACAGGCAAACAUACAAAAAAAUUAUUUUAGACAAAAUCUUUAUAUUUUGAUUGGAAACUACUGUGAUCUGAAGUAAAAGUCCUUGGUAGUAAAAGUCCUUGCAGAUCCGGUAGUGUGUAGAAGGCUGCAAGCAAAUGGAUGAAACCAACCUGUCGGUAUGAGGGUGGAAGAGAAAUGCUAAUUAUCAGGGUCUGAAAGCAGGAAAAUCAGGUGUAAGUAGAGGUCCUUUAAAGGCAGGCAGAAGCAAGUGAUUGGUUGAGGUAAAGUUGACGUAGCACUACCGUCUCCUGGUAGAACGUUUCCUGGAGCUUUAAUUUCAAACACUUUCUAAAUUUGUAGAGUUCAAUCUUAUUGCAAUAUGGUACGUCAGAUACGAGUCUACGAACAAUGGUUAAGUCUUCAUCACUCCCCAGUGCCUGAUUUUUGGCUUCUCCAAAGAAGCAAAUUUAUUUAAAAGCUGAAUUAAAAGUCAUUCCCCAAUUAUAAAAUGAAGCCUGUCUAGAGAUUAGAGAUUGGACACUUAACUCUAAUUGCCUAGUGUUUGUCGACCACAGAACGUUCAAAUCGUACGAAAAAUACUUAAAAAAUACAGUAUAGCAUAAUGUGAAUAUGCAUAUCAGUGAUGGGUACAGUUGAAAUAAUGGAUAAAUUUAAAUCAAAUUGUUUUUAUUAUUUGAAUGAUUUUAUAAUAGCAUUCAAAUUCCAGUAGUAUCAGAUGUCAACAUCUUUAAAUUCUACCUCUAGGAUCACAUUUUACCACCUCUGAUUUGUGCAUUUCAGUGGCUCACAAGCGAAUCAUGGGCUUUUACCACCAUUCUGCUGCUGUACCUCAGUCACAACGUACAAUGCCUUUUCACGAUCUUCGUCAGAAUGUCUGGUUUAUUUAUGUCCGUGUGCAGUGCUGUACUGAUCGGUUGACAUGCUUUAGAGAACGUCCGUGGCAACAUGGAGAAGACUGGCACAAUGGAAUUGUUUUCCAGCUCUAGUUAGCGUGCCUCAGUAAAGUAGGCUGCUGUAGACGUUGGAUCCAAAUUACCCAUUUAUUAUGUGUUAUUUUUGGUCCAGUUUGAUAUUUUGGUUUGAUUCUGCGUCAAUGUGUUUUUCUGUUUUACUGUUCUCGCUUGCCUUUUCUAUUUUGAAUGUUGUCUGAUUUUGUUUCUUCUUGUAAUUGUGUAAUUACAAUCAAUAUAAGCUAAUCAAUUAAAAUGAUAGAGUCGAAA